AUGGAUAUUUUCGGGAAGCUCGUCGUGGGAAUACAGCGGGGCAACGUCGAUGAAGUGAUGAACCUGUCCUUCAUCGUCAUCUACAUUGUCGUCCCGAUACUCGGAAUUGCCAUUAAUUUAUACGUCUUUGCGCGGCUGAUUCGGGUGGCCAGGGUGAAUGCCGUUCGUUUCGAAACGACUUCCGCUUUACCAUUAUGUGGCAUGACGGUGGCAGAUUCUGUGUGUCUACUUGCCGAGUUUUCACAGGUAAUUUUCCAUAUGUGGAACAUGCGAGCCGCGCACGACAUCGAGACGCCACGCAGCGAAAACCAGCUGGCCGUGUUCAAUGUGUUUUGCAAGGUAAACAUCUUCCUGAUGCACACGACAUCCGCGUUCUCCGUGUGGUCGUGGCUAGUGUUGUCAAUAUUGCGAUAUACAGCUGUCUUCCACCCGUUGAAAUAUCGAACGAUAUGGCGGCAGCCGAGGGAUGCGUUAAAGCUGCUGCUCUGCUUUUGCUGCUUCUUCGAGUCCUGGAUCCUCUUCGUCGCUGUUUACAUCUACGGCGAGCAAGAGGGCGAGACGGAGCACAGCCCCGGGAUGUGCGGCGAGAAUCGGGAAAUUGAUACCUCAACCAGAAAAAUGGCACACUUAAUGGAUGUCACUCUAUUCUACGCCGUACCCGCAAUAUUGCGGAUAUUUUUCGACGGGAUCGUCCUUUUCCACUGCUACUCCCCAUACGGCACCAUCGAGGAGCCGCCUUCUUUUUACGAAAGAAGAUACGCUAUUUCACUUCCGAGCAUGGAGCGGAGCUCAAGGAUAUCGAUUGCCGAGAGCGACUUCCUGGGUGGUGGUGCAAAUAUGGCACUUGUGGUGUCAAUGGCCCAAUGUACUGGAGAUCACAUGUCCAAAAAACGGCUACUCUACCAAAAGCGCCGUCAAUCGAUGAUAAUGCGAUCGAUCACCAUCUCGGCGUUGAAUCUACUCGAAGGCUGGGACGAUUACAUGAAGACGGUCGGCGUCGGCUACUUGGCCCGGGUCGCCGCACGAAAUACGCCAGUCACGCUGCAUAUUACCGUUACGGGCAACGAUGUCGUCGUACGCAGCCAGUCCGUGUUCAAGAACUUCACGCUACGCUUCAAAAUUGGCGAGGAGUUUGACGAGACCACCAUCGACGGGCGCCACUUCCGCACCGUUUUCAACUUUGUCGACGGCCAUUUGAUUCAAGAGCAGCGGGCGAUUGAGGAAAAAGACGUCGACUCCCGCAUCGAGCGAUGGCUGAAAGACGGUCAACUCUACACCCAAUUGACGGCCGGCAAAUCGAAGUGCCUGCGCGUGUUCGAUCGAAUCGAAAAC